AUGACUUCGACAUACCCUUUUGAACCAACUCCUUCAUGGACAACUGUAAACCCUAAGCCGUUCUUGCCUUUUCGCACACGUUGUGAUAGUGAAGAGCCACCUACAUUACCGUCGCCUCGAAACGAGCUUACCCACCUCGUACCUGCUGGUUGUCCAAGACUUACUCCGGACAUCCCAUUGCCUGUGAUCCCUAAAUUCUCGACGAAUGUCGCAGAACGGAAACGAGAUAUCCAGCAGCUACUCACUGAAAUUACUGAGCGACAAGCACGCUUUGUGAAGGGAAAGUUAGGUGGAGAAAGAAGCGAGAAGCCGUUAUGGAACUGCGUUAACCGAUAUGUCAAGAGAGUUCAAGAUGGGAGGAGGGGUUUGACACUGUUCUUCGCUCACGCAAAUGGUUUUCCCAAGGAGAUAUGGGAAACAACUCUGCGAUACUUACUAUCGUCACCCACAGCCUCUCUGAUCGACGAGGUGUGGUCUUGGGAAGCUGUUCAGCACGGCGAUACUGCACUAAUCAACGAGUCAAAUCUCAGUGGCAUAUUUGAUUGGCGAGACAACGCUCGGGAUAUUGCACACUUUUUGUUAUACUAUCUACCGGAAGAUGCAUCUUCGAAGGUUUUACCGACGCAUCUACACCUUCUACCGGAGACUCUCAGUGAAUCCAGGAAGACUAAGGGAUUUUCAUCCCGCUCCCUGGUGGCUGUUGGACAUUCAUUUGGUGGAUGUUCUUCGAUACUGGCGGCUGUCAAUUUCCCUUCAUUAUUCUCCUCCAUCAUUCUUGUAGACCCUAUAGCUAUUGACGAUUGUGAUUAUUCGCCCCAUUUGCUUGGGCUCAUGUUGGGUGCUCUUAGCAGACGCGAACAUUGGCCAUCACGUGAGGAGGCAUUACGCUUGUUCAAGACUUCUGUGUUCUUCGGGGCUUGGCAUCCUGAUACCCUGCAGCUAUAUGUUACCUAUGGCUUGUGCGAGGAUCCACAAGGGGGUGUCAAGCUAAAGAUGUCAGCUCUACAUGAGACCUUGGUGUUUGCAGAUCGUAUAGGAGCACGUGAAGCAUGGGAACUGCUGGAAAAGGUGGACGAGCGAAUAGAACUACGUUGGAUUAUUCCAGGGAAGCCCAAAGACAAGGCAACGAGGCAGCGAGUGUGGCGAAGACCUGCUAACUCAUCUAACGUGGCAAUUCACUCAGCUGGGCAUCUGAUUGCACAGGAAUCGCCUGAGGAGCUUGGUAAAUAA